UGCCUAUGGGCGGAGUUCCGUUGCUCGUGGGAACCGCGGUUGCGUAUGAGGUGGUGGGCGGGGCCGACCCAGAGUCAGAGGCUCUGAUUGGUGGUUGGGACUGAGAGGCGUGGCCUCUCGUAAGCCGAGUGCUGGAAUCGGAGGCGGGAUCAAAUCUGGACAUGGCUUGAGGGGCGGGUUCUUAAGCCCCUCCCACUGCCUACCUGUGCGCCCCCCUCCCUUCUCCUUCCUCUCUCCAUGUCAUCCCCGCAGAAAAAGUCGAAGAUCUCCGCCUCGAGAAAACUGCAGCUGAAGACCCUGAUGCUGCAGAUAGGGAAGCAGGAGCUGGAGCGCGAGGCAGAGGAGCGGCGCGGGGAGAAGGGCCGCGCUCUGAGCACGCGGUGCCAGCCCCUGGAGGUGGCCGGGCUGAGCUUCGAGGAGCUGCAGGACUUGUGCCGACAGCUCCAUGCCCGCAUAGACAAAGUGGACGAGGAGAGAUACGAUGUGGAGGCAAAAGUCACCAAGAACAUCACGGAGAUCGCAGAUCUGACCCAGAAGAUCCUUGACCUCCGGGGCAAGUUCAAGCGGCCCACCCUGCGGCGGGUGCGGAUCUCGGCGGAUGCCAUGAUGCAGGCGCUGCUGGGGACCAAGGCUAAGGAGUCCUUGGACCUGCGGGCCCACCUCAAGCAGGUGAAGAAGGAGGACACGGAGAAGGAAAACCGGGAGGUGGGAGACUGGCGCAAGAACAUCGAUCUGCUGAGCGGCAUGGAGGGCCGCAAGAAGAAGUUUGAGGGCUGAGCCUCCCGCCCACCCUGAGGAAUAAAGCUGUGUCUGAGCUGG